AUGUCGACUGAAGAUUGGCUUGGUGAUGAACAACCUAAAACAAAAUCACGAAAAAAAUCUAAAGCAGCACUCGAUGAACCAAUCGAUGAUACAUUUGAUGCUAUGCUUGAAAGUGUAUCAAAGGCAGCUAGUCGUGCAGGAUCUACGAAACAAAAACAAAAACAAAAACCAAUACAAAAACCUACUAAUGAAGCACCAAGUGGUUGGUCAAAUGAUGUUGAUAAUGAAGAUGAUAAUGCAGGUAAUGUAACUGCACCACCAAUAAUGCGACGAACUACUCAUCGUGCUGCCGAAGAAAUUAUUGCAACUGAUAUUCCAACAAUUCCAAUGGAUGAUGCUGAUGGUGAUGAUAAUAUUGAUAUGGCUCCGGAUGUAGCCGUUGCUCCUGACUUUUCUGUUCAUCAAAUAGCUACAUUUAAAGAAAUUGAAAAAGAAUUUUCUCGUACACGUGCUAGUCAAUAUAUUGAUUCAAAAGUUGAUAUUGGUAUUUUAUAUCAUCAUCUUAAUUUACAAGAAGAAUUUGAUACUGAAGAAAAUAAACCAUGGGAUUGGGAUAAACUUUUUGUUGAAGUUCGAAAUGCGAUAACAAAUCCGAUAACUGAAUGA